CUCAAGCUAAAAUAGAAUAAAACAUUGCGAUUUAUUCUGGUAAAAUUACCAUAUUUGAAUACAAAAGGUAGAUUGAAGCAUGCCGAUUCCGAUUCUGUGGUUUGUUUUAAGAUAUCAAUCUAUUUCUUGAAUUAUUAGCGAUUUCCCUAUAUGACCACUUUUUCCCCCAUUUCAUCCCGUUCGCUGCCAACAUGAUUGCGGUUUUCAAUCCGUUCAAUUAAUUUAUUGUGUCAUUAGCGGUUGGUAUUGAUUAUUUAAUAUCGUGAAUAAGUGUAAAAAAUCAACUUUUAUUAAUCUCCCGUACCCACCCUUAUACCACCCUUGCCCUAGCUAGAAAUUCGGUCCAGCCACCCAAAACCGCUCCGCGUCCACCCAUCGUCUCGUUUCCAUGGGUGAAAACAAACUUUCGAAAUGGCGGUUAGAGUCGCCGACGGGCAGCUAAGAAGAAGAAGAAUAGGUACAUAACAUGUUGGUUUAUAAUUUCAAAGAUUGAUCUCAGGAAACAUGACAACUUCUAGCAGCCAUUUUUUGACAACAUUCAAGAAUAGUUGUGUUGCCAGACCAAGGCACCCUGAUACAAGAUUACCUGUGACUUCAAAUGAGGCAGUAAAUGAAGAUAAUGGCUCUAUAGGGACUAGUUAUCAGAGCAAAGCAAAUAAAUUGGCACAGAGCCUUUUAGAAAUUAAACUAGAUGAAGAGUUAGAAAGAAACAGAUUAGACUGUAAUGCAUUAAAUAGUAAAGCUUUGGAUGAAAGCUCAACAACUGAUAAAGGAAAAAAUAACUUAGUGAGUUAUGACCAGGACCUCUCAAACUUAUUGCAAGAUGAUGACAAAUUUUAUAAGCACCUAAAAGCUCUCCGCCAUGAAAACAAAAGAACACUGAAAAUGAUGGAAAAAUAUUAUUACACCAGACCGCGAGAGAAGACACCACAAUCAGCAAAAGAUUUGAUCAGUAAAAUGAAGCAAGAAGCUGAUUCAGAAGAAAGUCAUUUAUUUGUCCAUAAAGUAUAUGAUUCAAUAACAAAUUCCAACCAGGAAGAUAAUGCUUUAAAUCAAGAAGAUCUGGAGGUUGCAGAAGAUCAAGUGCAUGAUUUUACUGCAUCAGAGCAAAUGAAUGAUUUAAGUUCAUCAGAAUCAGAAGAAGACCCUCGAAAACAGUGGCCUAGGCAUUAUACUGAAAAUAUUCUUCCUGAUGAUUCUGAAGAGAACUUCAGGGGUAGAACAUUCUCCUAUGAUGUCAUUGAUAAUAUGUGGGAAAAUUUCUCAGUGGAAGAUUAUGCUCCUGUUGAAAGGAGCAUCAAAGAUAACACCCCUAAAAAUGCAAAAUGGACUCCAUCAAUAACCAUCCCAAAGCCAUUUCAAAUGACUCUAAGAGAAGCAUAUAAAGCCAAGAUCAAAUCGAAAAGAAAAGAAAAAUUGGAGCAAGAAUUGUUGGAAAAAAGAUUGGCAGAAGAAGCAGAAUUGAAUAAGAAGUUUAAAGCAAAGCCAUUACCAGCAAGUACAUUUAUGAACCUUUAUGCUGAAAAGAAAGUUAUUGAAGAACAGAAGCGAGAGUACAAGAGGUCUCUAAACAAGGCAAUUUUAGAAGCAACACAAAAGCCAUUUAGUUUUGUUAAGCGAGAGGAGGAGAAAAACGAGCUACGACGAAGCCAGUCUCUAGAGCGUAUGAAUAGACAACUUUCUAAUGAAGAUUCAAAAAGUUUCAAAGCAGCCCCUUAUCCUGAAAAGUUGUUCAACCUUUCUCUAGAAGACAGGAUUGCUGAGCAGGAGGAGUAUCGUAAAAUUAAAAUGAAGAUGAGAGCUCAAGAGAUGAUGGCCAGCGCUUCAUUGCCACCAAAUAUGCAGGCAAGAGGCCAGAGAUAUAAAUUUAAUAAACGUUAUACAAAACUUCAAGAAAAUGGAAGCAAGCCUCCGAAAGGUGCAGAUUUUAAACCUAGAAUAAACCAUGAUAUUCCUGAUUAUGAGGAAAUGCACCAAAAAUUCGAAGCUGAGCUGGCGAGAAAAAGAAGAGAACAAUCACUAACGAUUUGCGAACCAUUUAACUUUCAGACAUCCAAAGUGCCCACACGGAGGUCACGUCAAAUGGAAAGCUUGACCACUGAGACACAACGACGAAGAAGUCACUCAUAUGAACGAUCCAGGGAGAGCAGCCUUGAACGUCCUCAGAGUAGCAGCGACAGCCUGCAGAAGAGUCGCACUAGCUUAACUCAAGAAGAGGCUCCACCAUUUGCCAUGACGGAGACAGCAAGGCUGAGGCAUCUGCUGAGAAAAAGCUCAAUCGAGAAAAAAGCGAAAGAAGAAGAGGAUCGAAGGCAGAAGGCUGAACGCCGAAAAAGGCGGGAAAAUCAACUUAAGAAAGAGGUGGCAAGAAAGUCAAUUGGCAACGAUAUGAGACACGUGCUGGAACGACAAAACAAGGAAACCAUGAUGCGUUUCAAAGAGUCUGAAAUUGAGAAGAAGAAAGCUUACAAGCAGUAUCUGAGGGAUAUACAGGCAAAAGUAGAGCAACGGCCCUUGCUAUUUGAGCAAGAAUCACAGACCAACGCGAAGAGACUAGCGCAAAGAAAAUACAAACAAAUUCUGCAAGACGCUGGUUUGGAUGAUGACGUAGUUGAAGGCCUGGUAAACAGUGACGGUAAAAUAAUAGAUGCUGAAUCCGACGACGACACGGAUGAGCUUUUUGCUGAAAGUGAUGAGGCCGACCAAUCACUGAGAAGCGAAAAUUAUCCAAGAUCAGGAGACCCCGAACAAGAUGAACCGCUUUCGGAAACAGAAGAAGCCGAUGCCGAUACAGCAUAAGGAUCCUUAAGAUAAGAAACGCUAAAGUUACGCGUAGUAAGGCAUGUGCUGAUUUCUCUCUAUGACGUUACGAUUCCACUAACCAGCCUAAAGCAUUAGACGGAUAAUGCUGGAAAAUAUGGGUGUUUUUAUAUAGGGAUAGAGAUAAGAUGUAAAAUUACAACUUAUAUGGAAAAUUACAACUUAUGCGUUGUUGACAACUCGUGAGCUAUGCAAGAACGUAGCAAUCGUGUAUGUGGGGAUGUAACACCUGUAUGCUAUACAUUUUGGUAACGAAUUUAUCCCGUCCGAGCAUCCUUUUCUAAGCAAAUAACGCGUGGGCCUUUGAGACCCGAUUCUAGUUUCAUGUUUACAAUACAGAGUGCUGCAACCACAGACACAAUUUAUAGCAAUAAUAAAAUAAUUCCAAACCCCACGUUCCUUCUUUUCAACGUUCCAGUCCUAAUUUCACCCACCAUGCAAGCACUGUACUUAUAGAACGUAGCAUAAUGUAUCGUGGAAAAGUUGUAAAUCAAUUUAUUGUUAUCAUUGCACCAUUCUCAACAGUUCGAUUUCUGUCCUGUUUACAACCAUUAAGAACUAAACCCUUGCUCUAGAUAACCUGCAAGCAUGUUUUUCGAAGGUAACGUUUAUUCGUAAAAAUAUUUUCAGAAUAGACCGACAAUGUGAAGUAGUGAAACAUCAAAUCAUACAUGAAGUAGCUCGUACAAAAAUGGAAGCUUUGGCAAAUUUCAACGAACAAUAUUGAGGCUAGAUAUUGAAAAAUUAAGUUUUGUGAUUCCACUUUUGCCAUAACAAAAGCAGUUAUACUGGAAACGUAGAUAUUAUUAACUCUGGAUCUAGUCAAACUAGGCUAGGCACACUUGAAAUAGGCAAAAAAUAAAAAGUGCAUGUAAGUAAAAGUAAAUACUGGCAUAAUAUAUAAAAGCAAAUUGUUAUAAAGAAAAUUGCUAAAAG